AUGUCUCACAGGAAGUUCGAAGCGCCCCGCCACGGCUCUCUGGCUUUCUUGCCGCGAAAGCGCGCCGCCCGUCACCGCGGUAAGGUGAAGAGCUUCCCCAAGGAUGACCCCAAGAAGCCUGUCCACCUCACGGCUGCCAUGGGCUACAAAGCCGGCAUGACCACCAUCGUCCGCGAUCUCGACCGCCCGGGCGCCAAACUGCACAAGAAGGAGAUUGUCGAGGCUGUCACCGUCAUCGAGACGCCUCCGAUGAUUGCCGUCGGUCUUGUUGGCUACAUCGAGACUCCCCGCGGCCUGCGCUCGCUCACCACCGUCUGGGCUGAGCACUUGAGCGACGAGGUCAAGCGCCGCUUCUACCGCAACUGGUACAAGAGCAAGAAGAAGGCCUUCACCAAGUACGCCAAGCAGCACUCUGAGAGCAGCGGCCAGUCCAUUACCCGCGAGCUCGAGCGCAUGAAGAAGUACUGCACCGUCGUCCGCGUCCUCGCCCACACUCAGAUCCACAAGACCCCGCUCAAGCAGAAGAAGGCCCAUCUCAUGGAGAUCCAGGUCAACGGCGGCAGCAUUGCCGAUAAGGUCUCCUACGGUCACGGCCUGUUCGAGAAGCCAAUUGAGAUCAGCUCCAUCUUCGAGGCCAACGAGAUGAUCGACGUCAUUGCCGUCACCAAGGGUCACGGAUACAACGGUGUCACUUCCCGAUGGGGCACUAAGAAGCUUCCCCGCAAGACGCACAAGGGUCUCCGCAAGGUUGCCUGUAUCGGUGCCUGGCAUCCUGCCCACGUCCAGUGGACUGUGGCCCGUGCCGGUCAGAUGGGUUACCAUCAUCGUACCUCUGUCAACCACAAGAUCUAUCGUAUCGGCAAGGGUGAGGACGAGGGUAACGCCUCGACCGAGUUCGACGUCUCAAAGAAGCAGAUCACUCCUCUGGGUGGCUUCGUCCGCUACGGUGAGGUCAAGAACGACUUCGUUCUGCUCAAGGGUAACUGCCCUGGUGUCAAGAAGCGUGUCAUGACCCUGCGCAAGUCCAUGUUCACCCACACCAGCAGGAGGGCAUUGGAGAAGGUUGAACUCAAGUGGAUCGAUACCUCAUCCAAGUUCGGUCACGGUGCGUACCAGACACCGGCGGAGAAGAGGCAGUACGAGGGUGUGCUCAAGAAGGAUCUCCAGACAACUGCUUAGAAGUGUUGUGGGUGUGGGUGUGGAGUGCAUUCUUUCAUCAUGGGCUCUUUGGCGAACGGGAUAGGAAUACUACAUGGAUGCCGGUCAUGAUGAGCGACUGAAACAAAAUUCAACGAUUCCCAAAUUCAUUAUCAAUGAUCCUCUUAGUCAAGACAUGUGUGAUAGUUUCCUUGCUACUAAGACUUGACCUCGAGCCCAUUGAACAAGGCUGUAAUUCCGGGUCUUUCGAGCACAGUUAGUUGCGAGUUGAUAUGAAGCUUUCUCAGUUUCGUAAAUGGAGUUGGCCAUUGCCUGCUCGAAAGAUGAUCUGCCAG